GAAACUUGUUUUUUACGGCGUCUUUGAAGUCCGGAAUCCAAGAUAUUACUGUAUCAACAUCGAGCACAAAACCUCGAUCCAACACCACAGUCCUGCAACCAGUCCCCCAGAGCACGCAGGCACCGACGCCGACAGUAUAUAUAUAAGGGGUGUCGGAGGCAGCCACCAUGCUACUCGGCUGCCUUACCUCGCGCCGGCCGGGUCGACGCUGCUCCGAGGCCCCGAAUCCCUCACUCGCUGUGUUGUGUUGACUGAAAUCAACGAAAGUUCCUUUGAUUGGAAAGAUGUGGUGAUGUGUGAAGACCGACAAUGACUCAAAACCUAAGAAAAGCGUCCUCUUACAUUCUGUGCUGCAAUAUACUGGUUCCUAUCCCUUAUGGAGGCUGGGAGAUGUGUUUCCAAAGCGAAAGGGGAAUCUGUUAACACGUCCUACUGAAGAAACAAGGCUGACGGAGUGUCGAAAUGAAAACGCAUAGAUAUCGACCCAGUUGGCCGGGCGUAUUCGUGCUGCACCUCUGGAUCAUCGCCUGUCAGAGAUGACAGUGCAAAACCUGAGCAUAUCAAUUCCAAGGAAGACCAAGCAGCGGUCUUGGAAGAAAUGAGGAAAAAUUGCGAGGAACUUAUGAAAGCAGAAGAACAAGAACUGAAGAACAGAAACAGCCCGAGAAAUCUUGGAGACGAAGCCAUAGCCAAUGAUACGGACGUCCAUACGAAGACCCUUGAUUCGGCCGAGAACGAAAACGGGAUUGUGGGAAUGAGAGAAAACGGUCUAGGGGACACUAAGGAAAAUGAAUCUAUGGGUGUAUUCUGUGCUACGACAUUUGACGACGUAUACUGCUGGCCAAGAACUCCAGCAGACACUGUGGUCACAAUUCCUUGCCCACAGUAUGUCCAAGGUUUCAAGCACAUGAGUGAAGCUUCGAGAUACUGCACACGCGAGGGGUCGUGGUUCAAGCUGGGAGGAAGCAACAAGUCGUGGACGAACUACAGCCAGUGUUCCCCAACCAUGGUCGUUGCGGACCCCGUCAACGUUCUGUACACGGAGGUUGAGAUGCCCGAGGAACACGCUGCACAUGCACCUCUUCUUCUCCUUCAUCUGCCGUGCCCUUGGAGCACUGGCGAGAGACCAGUACGGCGCCGUAGGAAACCAGGAGCCUCUACAGGACGGGGGGACGUGGGGUUGCCGACUUUUCACCUCGCUCUGGCAGUACUUUAUAUUAGCCAACUACGCCUGGAUUCUGAUGGAGGGCUUGUAUCUACACAACCUCAUUUUCCUGGCGCUUUUCACCGAUAACUCCGCCAUUACACUGUACAUCGUCCUAGGCUGGGGCCUCCCCCUCCUGUUGGUGCUGGGCUGGGUGACGGCGAGACUUCUGGUGGAGAAUACACUCUGUUGGCUGACGAAUACCCAACCCUGGGUCUUCUGGACUUUCAUCCGGGGUCCAAUCACGGUGUCCAUUGUGGUUAGCUUCACCUUGUUCCUCAACAUUGCCAGGGAACUGUUGCUGAAGAUUCGUUCGUCCACAACACCUGAAAGCAGGAAGUACAGGUAUAGACGCUGGGCGAGAUCCACGCUGGUGUUAGUGCCUCUGUUCGGAGUGCACUAUGCGGCUCUCCUCGGCUUCACUUACUUCAUGGGCAAGAACCAUACGAUUGAACUCAUCUGGCUGUUCACUGACCAGUUCUUCGCCUCUUUCCAGGGCUUUUUCGUGGCAACACUGUACUGCCUCCUGAACGCGGAGGUGAGGUCGGAACUGAGAAAAAUCUGGCAUCACUGGCGUAUGAAACAAGAGGCGGAAAAGAGUAUGAUUUUCCAUUCAGCUUUUUCCCAGUCCAGGACGUAUUUUAGCCGGGGAACAGGUAUGCCGUGUCUCGCCAACGCCGCCCACAGAAAGAAGGAUGGAGGAAACCCGCCCACAGGAAGCCCACCGGGACUCCUGACGAACGCCACGAAGGUCAACGGCGCCCCGGUGCAGCCUUCCUUCCAGGCGAGUCACAGGAGCUCCAGCUGUGACGACCUGCCCGAUCAGUCCCUGACGGUGAGCCUGGCGGUGGUGGAGCUGCAGCAGCGGCGGCGAAUGCACUAUACCAAUCUCUCCGGCUAUAGUGCUUUCAUAUACCCUGAACAAAAGUCUUCCCUCCUCCUGCGCUUCAUGUUGCAAGACAAGGCACAAAUUGCAACAAACAGACCCGUCGUCUCUGAACCUGUAACCCCAACAACAUCGUCAUGCAAAGUAUAUAAUAGAAUAACACACUCUCACAGUAUUAAACAGCAUGAAGAGGAAAUCACACGCCAGUUUGAGGGCAAAACAGUGUGUAACACGCAAAAGUUUAACACGUAA